CUUUGACAGCGCAACAUUUUCGUCCGCGGCGCGCGAGUGUUUUUGCUUCUCGGCCGGAGAGUGGAUAAAAUUGGCAAUUUUUCGCGUGGAACCGGUUCUCGCGACGGGCCGGAACUGCUUUCGGCGGGUGCACCGACCAGUACGGCAUCGAUUACGGCCGGAGACGGUGCCGGAAGGGGCGCAAAAAGAGGCGAAAUUUGAAGAGAGUUCUGGCAAUCCUGCCAUCGUACUACCGACCGAACCUCGACCUGAGGACUGGCGCCAGAGGUUGAGCAUCGUCGUCGUCGUCGUCUUCGUUGCUUGCGGUCCUGUUUGUGUGUGUGUGUGUCUAUUCGUGUGCGCCGCGGGUGAAUUCCUUCCCUUGAAUCAUCGACGGAAAAAGAUUUUGUGUUUGUUUGUUUGUGCUACCAACGCGUACGCGGCGGCGACCGACGACCAACAGCGUGAGUUGUGUUUCCGAACAGUGACCAACAACAAUGACCAGCCGGAUGGACAACCUGGACCUGCUGACGGACGACGAGCUGCGGCUGCGGCUGAUGCAGUACGGCUUCCAGAAUCUGCCCAUCACCAGCAACACCCGCAAGCUGUUGAUCAAGAAGCUGCGCAAUCACAUGGAGUCGGAAAAGGGCAAGCUGCGGCGGGAAACGAGCUACGCGACACGAUACUCAUCCGGCGAAGAAUCCGACGGUGGCGUAGAACGACGCGGUUCCGGACGGCGAGCUACCACGUCUGCCACAGUGAACUCUAGAAUGACGAUGCCACCGCCACCGGCCAGACCGGUCGUCAGCAACAGCAGCAGCUCCAAGCGUACCUCAGCCAUAUCAAGCAGCAGCAGUCCAAUCAACAACAACAACAAUGUAAACAGCUACAGCAGCACCAACAACAACAACAACCACAACAAGUCGCUUUCGCCGGGCUCGAGCAGAAGUUCCGUGUACAUUUCGCCGGUCAUUAUCAACGACAGCGAGGAGGAGGAUUACCUGCGACCGACGGCCGGACGAGUGUUUGGCACGUCCACCCCGUCGUCAGCCAGCGCGCUGUUCCGCCGCACGACAGCCGGCGGCGCCUACUCGUCAACGCCCCAAGCCCGGAACACGGCAAACGCCGGCCACACGCCGCCCGCUUCAAGCAGCUUCGGCAACCACAAAUCGUACCUUCGACACAACAACGGAGCGGAAGCGCUCAACGAAUCGACCAACUCGAACGGCAGCGCCUCGUCCGAAACGAGCGCGUCGUCGUCGCCCUUUGUGAGCGAGUACACUAAGCGGUUGCUGCAGCUGCGCGGCGAGACCGUGUCCCACGAGAGCUACAACAGCGCCAUCAGCAGUGCCAUCGCGGCGGCAAGUUCCCCUGGAAGUUCCGGGGGCGGCAGCAAUCUCAACCUGAACCACAGCGGAGCGCCGAUCAGUGGGAAUCACUUUCGCAGUCGGUACAGCGUGUUUCCGAGGUAUGCGAGCGAUGGGGUUGGUUCCGGCGGUGGGGGAACCUCGAGUGGCAUCAACGAGAACGAUAUUGUGACGCAUGCCGUGCCGAGUCCGGAUCCGCCGCAGAUUCCGUUGCGAGCGGCGCUAGGGAAUUUGUUUGCGAAGCUGGACGAGCACUACGGCUUCAAGCAGACGUUCAUCCCGUGCGCGCUGCUGUGUCUGUUUGUCGCGUUUCUGGUGUUUGUGGCGUUCAUGUACAUGACGAUAAGUACGGACAUUGCGAGCACGCUCGGGACGAUUGACACCAAGUACGACCUUUGUGAAGGACCGGCCCAAGAUCGGGGUCGUUGCGUGGUUCAGUCGGACAUUGAACCCGCGCUGGAGCUGUUGAAACGGGUGGGAACUGAGUUGAAGGCACGGGUGGAGCACAGCAAGUGUGUCGACACAAGCGUGACCAGCUACUGGAUGAGUGCGGACGAAGUGAUUCGGCUGGCCAAGGAGCACGAGCCGAGCCUGCUAGUUCCGCAGGCGGUGAAGCACCUGCACACGAUGGAGUAUCUGAUUGGACAAAAUCCUCAGUGGAGGAUUAAUCACUGCGACCAGGACGGGAACGAGAUUGGGUUCGACGAAGUGCUGAGAAGGCGGGCGGCCAAGACCAACUAUUUCGCGAUCUUGAAGCCUAAACUCCCUUUCACCUGCAUGCUCUACAACAAGUUCCACACCUUCUUCGUGAUUGUUGGCGUGCUUGGGCUGGUCGGGAUCAUCGCGUACCUGGUCAACUACUUCCUCAAGUUUGUGCUGUACGUGAAGCAGAAGCGAAAGGAUCAGGUGAACGCGUUGAUCAGUGAAAUCAUUCAAGCGGUCAGCCAAGCUGCGGCCUCCGCCGGCGGAAGUGAAUCAUCCGAUGAGGGCGGUCUCGUCGUCGUGAACCAUCUCCGGGAUCGUCUGAUCGCCCCGGACAACCGCAAGAAGAUGGAGUGGGCCUGGCUGGAGGCGUUGCAAUUCCUCGAACAGCACGAGAGCCGAAUCCAGUUCGAAGUCGGCAAUCGCGGCGGCGAAGACUUCAAGAUGAUGCGCUGGACCGACUCGGCCCCCCUCCCGACCUCCACGCGGUCCGUCCCCGGCGGUGCCAAAAAGUGGCAAAGUCCUGCCUUUGACAAUACCAACAAAAUCCCCGACCCACCAACGCCCUGCCUCAAGAUCCGCCAGAUGUUCGACAAGUACGAGGUGAACGACCCGAACCUCCGUACCAUCGUCCAGGACGCCAUCCUGGAGAAGGUCGGCGCGCGGUGCAAAAUCUACGACAUCCAGCUGGACCGGAGCACGUGCUGCGUGUACGUGCGCUGCGCCACCUCCCAGGACGCCGGAAUCGUCCACGACGAAAUCAACGGCUGGUGGUUCGACAACCGGCUCGUCUCGAUCAAAUUCCUCCGGCUGGAGCGCUACCUGUCGCGGUUCCCGCGCGCCCUCGCCGGGCCCGCCUGUCUCAAGCCGUCGAAUCGUCACAACAGCUCAAUGCCGGCGGCAGGACCCGGAGCCAAUCCGCUGGAACGGGAAGACGACGAGGACGUCGAGGCCGAAGAGGACGAGCUGGACCAGGAGCUGGAGUGCUAAUCUUUCGUGUUUAGUUUUGCGCGUGUGUGUAUUUUAUUGAUUUGAAAUGUUUAUUUUUUUUUAUACUUUCCCUAGACCUAAAUAUUAAUUGCAUUAAAUUAACGCCCGGCUGCUUAUUUCGUUGCGUUUGUAAGUUAGAGCAAACUUCGUUCAGUAAACGAGAGCGUUUUUAUUAAAAUUAUUAACCUUAAGAGAUUGACGUUAACGU